GAGUUCAGACAGAAGCUGAUGUUGUUCACUCCGUUCGUGGUGAUCUGGUUGGUGGGUUUUAUUGCGGAUCUGGACGUUGAUUCGUGGCUCAUUAAGGGACUGAUGUACGCCGCCAUGUGGAUCAUCAUCCAGUUCCUCUCCAAAUCUUUCUUUGAUCACUCCAUGCACAGCACUCUUCCUCUGGGGAUUUACAUAGCCACCAAGUUCUGGAUGUACAUCACCUGGUUCUACUGGUUCUGGAACGAUCUCCCGUUCGUCUCGGUGCACCUCCCGUUCCUCAUGAACAGUCUGGCUUUGUUCUACAACUUUGGUAAAUCCUGGAAAUCUGAUCCUGGAAUCAUCAAAGCUACAGAGGAGCAGAAGAAGAAGACUAUAGUGGAACUGGCGGAAUCUGGUAGUUUGGAUCUGAGUAUAUUCUGCAGUACCUGUUUAAUACGGAAGCCCAUCAGGUCCAAACACUGCGCCGUGUGUAACCGCUGCAUCGCCAAAUUCGACCAUCACUGUCCCUGGGUGGGCAACUGUGUGGGAAGUGGAAAUCAUCGUUAUUUUAUGGGUUAUCUGUUCUUCCUGUUGUGUAUGAUCUGCUGGAUGAUCUACGGCUGUAUCUGCUACUGGAGACUGCACUGCGCCAGCAGCUACAGCACAGAUGGAUUAUGGGUAUUUAUCACCCAGAUCUCGUCCUGUUCACCCUGGAUGUUCUGGAUGUUCCUCAACAGCGUUUUCCACUUCAUGUGGGUGUCGGUGCUCAUCAUGUGCCAGCUCUACCAGAUUGCAGGGUUGGGAAUCACCACUAAUGAACGGAUGAAUGCCAGACGCUACAAACACUUUAAAGUUACAGCCACGUCCAUCGAGAGUCCUUUCAAUCACGGCUGUGUGAGGAACCUGAUCGAUUUCUUCGAGCUGCGCUGCUGUGGCCUGUUGAGACCGACCCUGGUGGACUGGACCACUCAGUUCACCAUCGAGUACGAUCAGAGCUCCGGCUCCGGGUACCAGCUGGUCUGAGGGGUACAGGGAGAGACGGGCACGGUGACGGGCACAACCACAGAGAGAGAGAGGGGCGGAGUUUACGAGAGAGGGAGGAGCCUCUGUGUUUAAACGGGAACAUCACCUCCUUUUAUUUUACAGACUGUAGAGCCGAUACACACACACUGUAUACCUACACUGCAUAUACACACUGCAGUGACACCACACACACACACACACACACACACACACACACACUGUUCACAUGUGCUGCAUUUCUCUGCAUACAGAGACUCUUAUUAUUUACUUUUCGUUUAAAACAGUGUGUGUAUGCAGUGUGUGUGUCAUGUGCAGUGUAUAUGCAUGUGUGUGUAUGUACGUAUAAUGUAUAUAUGUGUGUGUGUGUGUGAUGAAUGUGUGUGUGUGUGUGGUGUGUAUGGAAUAUAUGUUGUGUGUUUGUGUCUUUAAUAUAAUAUCAUGUGAUCUCAGAUGUAAGCAUUAAGGGACAGGUCACUGAUUGGCUGUGAGAGGAACCAAUCAGGGUGGAUCUCUACACGGUGGAUCAACCGUGACCCUGACCAGGAUUUAGCACUCACUGAAAACUGCAGUUGGCUUUGGUGCUACACAUAGCCAUCAUGCUAAUGCUAUUAUCACAUCAACCUGAUUAACAGUAAGUUAGCGAGAAUGCUAAAGCUAAUUAGGCUAGCGUUAGAAAUAUGAGCUCAUCGUGACAAUACUCCAUGUGACACUCUGAUUGGUUACUCGCUCAGCCAAUCGGUGCUGAUCUGAGUAAGGCAUGUGAUCGAGACGUGUUAGCACGUCUGUGCUAGGUUUGUUUUUUAUUGAUAAUGUGACGUUAAUUUAUUUGAAUUCUAUUUAAUAUAAAUGAUGAUCUUAUGACAUCACAAAGCUUCAUUUACAUUUUAUUCACUUUUAUUGAUUUUAUAGUGUAGAAAUAGAAACAAGUCCAGUAAAGUCUAUUACUUUAUUUAUGAGGAACUGAGCUGAGGCUCCGCCCACUUUUCCUGUUCACUGCACUGAUUGGUUUAGCAUGUCUCCAUGGUGACGCUCCUCCCCUCCCGUGUGCUGGAUGAUGGACGAGUGUAUAAAUGUGUAAUGUGUAAAUACGCUGCCUUGUGUUCAUCAUCAUCAUCAUCAUCAUCAUCAUCAUCAGUGUUCGUCCCUGCUGCUCCGCCCGGACGUCCAUCGUUACCCAUAAACGCCUGUAAUUAACGCUGUGUGUGUGUGUGAGAGAGCUGCAUGAGCGAGAUUACACUUAACUGUACAGUGAAUGUUCAGUAUUUACUCAUGUCAUUUCUGUUUUUUUACAUUUUAGUGUGAGAGUGUGUGAGAGUGUGUGAGAGUGUGUUGGAUGUAUUUAAAUGUUUCCAGUUAAUAGAUACAUUUAGUUUUUAUUAUUUUGCUGGACAUUUUUCACUGGAUGUAAAAAUUGUAGAACAAAAUAUCAGUUACUGUAGAGAGAGAGUGAGUGUGUGUGUGUGUGUGUGUGUGUGUGUGUGUGUGUGUGUGUGUGUGUGUGU